UAGGGGGCAGCAGAACGCGCAGGGUUGAACAAACCUGCCGUCAUUCAGCGCCACGAAGAAGACACUGAACCCGGAAGUUAAGUUUUUCCAGUGUCCUUGUGCCAGAUAAGCGGCUGUCGACCAACUGACGAGAUGUACAGACACAUGUUUGCCCUGCAGCAGGUGGCCCGACGGACCAUCUCCAGCUCUGCCCGCCGGCAGGCGGAGAACAAAGUCCCAGAGAAACAGAAGCUGUUUCAGGAGGACAACGGGAUCCCUGUCCAUUUAAAAGGAGGCGCUAGUGAUGCUCUCCUCUACAGGACCACGAUGUCCCUCACCCUCCUGGGAAUCGGUUACGUGUUUUAUGAGCUGGUGAAGGCGGCGUUUCCUCAGAAGAGAGACUGACUCUUCUCCUCCGGCCGUUCGCCUCCUCUCUCUUACCUCCGUCGCUCUCUCUCUUUGGUCUUUGUUGUAUGAACCGAUGCAGUUUACCUCCGACUUCUACCAGUUCCAUGUUCACGGGAUCAAUAUUUAUUUGUUGUAGUCAGUAAAUUGAUGACCUGAGGAUCAAACAGUGGAAAUAAAACUAAAUAAAAGCCUCUCAUGACCAAGAA